GGACCAUCACUCGCUCCCGCUCCCCCGAUAUUGUGGUGGGAACUGCCUGUGGUGCUUAUAGCCUCGCCGAGUUUGUGGGACGCUAAUUUUGACCUCCAUCCUCCCAACGUUACCAACGCUCUGAUCUGUUGAAUUACCUCCACGAAUUGGCAGCAAGAAGAAAAAAAGAUGACGAAUGUAACUUUUGCGCUAUGUUUUUUGAUUACCGGAAUACCAGCAUUAUCACGGAGAGAUAGAAGUCAAUUCCCAGAAUGUCAAAAAGAGAACAUUACAUUCGUAAAUGAUAUGCAGGUGUCACGUGUACAUGUAGGCCUUGGUGAAGACUGUUCCUUGUCUGUUAACAUUUCAAGAUGUACGGAUCCCGAUAAUGAAGUCGAGGGACAUGUAACAUCCAUCCAUCAAACUGAAACAACAAUUGAAAUUGAGAAUAUUGAAGUGUUUUAUGGAAGUGGUGUCAUAGUCACAGUUGAUGACAUUUGUGAUGACUGUGAGCAAAGAUUCUUCAUUCCUGAUAUGAAACCUACAGAGAACAAGCUAAUUACAAGAAAUUUUACAGGACGUAUAAUUGAUGACCUCUCCAACGACUAUGGCUGUGAUUUUGGCAGUCCGGUCAUUGACUACAAAAUAUGCAUACGUUCGCAAGGUUGCUUUGCAACUCCAUGUGGAAAUGAUCAAAUCUUCACAUCAUUUUGCAAUCAGAGCUAUCCUAGUGGACAAAGAAUUGGUCUUGAAGUUAGCCGAGUUGAACGUGAUACUGUAGUUUGCAUUUUCUGCUCCAGAAUUGACUGCAGGGGACUUUUCAGCAAUGUCAUGUUAUUCAACAUUGGAAUUACAGUGGUAUGUGACGAUUGUAAUGAGAAUGCUGAAUGUAUUGAGGGGAAAUGUGUUUGCAAGGAGAAUUACACAGGAGAUGGAACAUUAUGUGAGCAAGUAACAGUAAGGUGUGAAAUGUGUGCAGAUAAUGCUGAAUGUAUAGAAGGAAAAUGUGUAUGUAAGAAAAAUUACACAGGAGAUGGAUAUAUUUUAUGUGUCAAACAAGAAGACAUCACCCUUGAAGUUCCAACAUUACCUGGAUCAGUUUCUCUUCACUUCGGAAGCAGCUUGCCAGUUCACACGUCUCAUGUAACUACUGUGGGAAGCUCUCCUCAAGGCUUUUAUCAUCAGAAUAUUAUUGUUGGAGUUUCGACAGCUACAACUACUUUGGUAUUCUUAUUUAUUAUUCUUGGAAUUGUUGUUUGGAUGUACUGUAAGUCAAUUAAGUUUUUCUUCACAUUAUUCUUACUGUUCUGAUUGCCCAUACUGGCAGGUCAAUGGAAAAAGAAAGGUGUCUUGUUUUGUUUGCAUAUGUAUCUGUUCUUUUUCAAUUUGUGUAUUUUCAAUUUUCAGGAAUGAAGAAGGAGACUCAUGUGUAUGAGGAGGUGUACGUGCUUCAUGAUGCUGUGACAGAAAAUACAGUUAUGGACAAAAAUCCAGCAUAUGUAAACCCAGGGAAAAUGAGGCUUGAAGAAAACCCUGCUUAUGUCUCUGCCAACAAACCAUUGACCACUACAUCCAACUAGUAACUGGGUAGAUCAUUCAUCUUAUUAACAAAUCCACUGAAUCAAGCAUGAUAACUCUGUACAAGCUCAUGAAAAUGAAUGGGUGUAUGAAGUACUUUAAGGUUACUAUUCAUUGUGGCUACUAAUUUUAGCGUUUUUGCACAGAUAAUUUUUGGCGUAUAUUAAUUUUAGCGUUUUUGUCCCCACAUCAUUUUUGUGUGCAAUAAUGUAUGAAUGUAUGAUGAUGACAACCAGCCAAAGUUUGUGUAUCCAUGCAAUUUCU